AUGAAGAAAGUGGCACGAAUACGCAAGUUGUUCUAUGCAGAAGGAUUGCAGAACAGUAAAGCAAUAUGGAGUCACCAUAAGAAACUUUGCAUAAUUAAGUCAUCUAUCAAUACUCCAUCAGAUAACUUCAGACGUAAUAAUUUCACAUUUCACAAAUAUACCCAUUGUGGGGCCGACAUGGCUUAUGUUACUUCAAAUCAACACUCACAAGAACUGAACUUUGAACAGCUGCACUGCAAUUAUCAGAGAGAGCUUUCAAAUAAGAGACCUACACUGGACAGAAUGUUCGCUUCGACGUCACAAAGAAAUGAUGGUUUGCGGUCGUCUUACAAUAUCUCGUUACUUAUAGCAAAAUCCGGAAAAGCGCAUACUAUCGGAGAGAAGUUAAUUUUGUCAGCCGUUGAAGAGGUUUUAAAAACUGUUUUACACAAACCUGCAUCUGAUAUCAUUAAAAGAAUUCCCUUAAGCAACAAUACUGUUGAAAGACGUAUUGAUGAAAUGAGUUCUGAUAUUGAAAGCUUCUUAUGUAAUUAUUUGCAAACGACCCAUUUCUCUAUACAACUGGACGAGUCAACUUUACCUGAUAAUGCAGCAUUAUUAUUGGCAUAUGUCCGUUUUAUUAUGAAUCAAGAAAUCUACGAAGAACUGCUCUUCGCAAGAACUUUGAUAACCGACACUAAAGGUGAAUCAAUAUUUCAUGUUUUGAAGGAUUACUUCAUUGAAAAAGCAAUUCCUUUAUCAAAUAUAAUAUCAGUAGCUACAGAUGGAGCACCUGCCAUGACAAGCUGUCAGGAAGACGACGUUUCAACUUACGUUGAACAUUUAAAUGCCCUCUAUUCAGAUUUUGAAUCUAGGUUUGAGGAUAUUUUGACUAUGGUAAUACCACCGUGGAUAAUUAAUCCAUAUGGUGACAUAGAAGAAAAGAAUGUCAUAAUACAAGAGGAACUGACUGAGCUAAGUACAAACGAAGAACUUAAGGUUCAGUUUAAAAACGGAUAUCAGCAAUUCUGGCUGCAAAACAACAUACCCUUAAAUACAGGUUUCGUUCAGCGACGCCUCGGAAUGGAAUCAAGAGUGUUGUUGGAGCAGUCGUCUCACUAG